AUGCCUGCCACGGCAACUAUUGGCGAACCGUUGCCUGCUGCGUGCAACAAAAAGAGAGCUUCCGUCGUCCCACCCCUGGCCAACAACAGAAGAAAGGCUGCUGGUGUGUUUGAUUCCUUCGAUUCUGACAAGCAAGGGUCGCUCCCAGUCAGCAGUUUUGAAGACCUUAUUGAUGACUUGGGCGAGGGCUUCCAUGGAGAGGAAAUGGAUAAGCAAAGCAAGCUGAUUGAUCCCUCAGAUUCAGGCAUGCUGGAGCGCUCAGCAUUUAUCAAGUGGUAUCAGGAACUGGUUGAAGACGCUGGAGACGACGACGACGAAUCAAAUGAUGACUCAGACAUUGAGGAAGAAAAGGAGAAGGCAGAGAAGGCUUUCAUGGACUUGGCUACAAAAGACAACGGAGAUGUUGUGUCAUUCUCACAACUCCACAAACUCUUUUCUUUGUUGGGAUCCACCUACUGUGAAGAGGACCAUGGGGUGAAGCUGAAGAAGCUUGUGUCAGAACCUGGCAAGAUUCUCCUGGAUGAGUUUGUCGACUUCUACAUUGAUUGGAUGUUUGGAGAUGACGAUGGAUCCAUUGCAGGAAGUGAAGAGAACACAGAUGAUCAAGUUCAGCCGGAAAGCCGCAGUGCUCCAGCAGCAGUGAGUCCACCAAAGGGUGGGUGGGGUGAUGCCUUUAAGAAUGUUCUGGACAAGAACGCAUGGAAAUGCGAUGUGUGCAUGGUGCAAAACCAUCAAGAUACCACACAAUGCAUGUCUUGUGAGGCUCCUCGUUCUGGAUACGAGAAUGCUGCCAACAAAGAUGAUGCGUCUUCCAGUGCUGCUGGCUCAGCAAUUGGAGUUGGAGGAUUCACGUUUGGAGGUGGCAGUGGUGCAGCAGCAUCAGCCGUUGUUGCUGCACCAGCAUCAGAGACAAAGCUGGGAAAGAGCGAUGGGGAUCAGGCCCCAACCAGCUCUCCAAGCCAAGAGGCCAACGUGUCUUCUGCUACAGAUGGAGGGCCCAUUGGUGUCGGCUCCAUUGUCGAGAUUAUCGAUGGGCCUUAUCUGAGCAAUCGGGGCAAGGUGAUUGGUUCGACGGAUGUUGGAAUGUGGAUGGUCCAACUUUUCAAUCAGAAUGGAGCCUUGGGGAAGCGAAAACCCGCCAAGGAGGAAAGCCAGCUGAAGCUGAGCGAGCCACCAAGUAAGGCGAGAGGCAGUAGCUGA